AUGGCGCGCGGCCUCAGGGAGGCGGAGGGCGGCGAGGCGCGCGCGCUACUAAGGCGGAGGCCCCGCCUCCCGGGGGGGAGGAGGAGGCGGCGGCGUUGUCAGGUAACCCGGGCACCCGGCGCGGUUCCAGGGUGUAAAGCUUUGAAGGAAAUGGAUUUAAUUAAAACUUCUGAUUCAGAUUGUUACUGCUACUAUCAAAAUCCCCAAAUGGAGUGGAAAUAUAUGUGGUCAUCUGUGCAGGUGAAAAUUACCAGUCCAGGCCUGCUCAGUAUUGUAUAUAUUACAGAAAGACAUAAUUGCCAGUAUCCAGAAACCAUUCUAUCUUUGAUCAAAUGUGUGAUUCAUAACUUUUGGACACCAAAGGAGUCUAAUGAAGUAGCCACAAUCAUCAAUCCAUACGGGGAGACUGUGUGCUUCUCUGUGAAGCCUGUGAGGAAGGUAUUUAUGUAUACAGUAAGAGUGAAUCGAAAUGUUGUGGAUUUCAAACUGUUCCUGGUGUUUGUGGCAGGCAUUUUCCUUUUCUUUUAUGCAAAGACCUUGAGUCAAAGCCCUAUAUUCUAUUACUCUUCUGGGACCGCACUAGGUGUUCUAAUGACAUUAGUCUUUGUCCUGCUGUUGGUGAAAAGAUACAUUCCAAAGUAUAGCACCUUUUGGGCUCUAAUGGUUGGUUGUUGGUUUGCUUCAGUUUAUGUUGUGUGCCUGUUGAUGGAAGAUCUCAAGUGGCUGUGGUAUGAAAACAGAAUAUGUAUAUUAGGCUAUGUCUUGAUAGUUGGAUCUUUAAGCUUUGCUGUCUGUUACAAACAUGGGCCCCUUGUUGACAUCUGGAGCAGACGUCUUCUGAUGUGGAUGCUGCGGCUCCUCUCCCUGGUUCUAGUCUACGCUGGUGUGGCAGUGCCUCAGUUCGCCUAUGCAGCUAUGAUCCUCCUCGUGUGCUCCUGGAGUCUGCACUACCCACUGAAAGCAUUAAGUUACAUGAGGUGGAAAGUGAAGCAAUGGCUUACAUCAGAAAAGCUGGUGGUGAAGCAUCUCACUGAAGACGAAUACAGAGAACAAGCCGAGGCCGAGACGAGCAGCGCGCUGGAGGAACUGCGCCAGGCCUGCCGCAGACCCGGCUUCCCCUCGUGGCUGGUCGUCUCCAGACUCCAGGCUCCGAAAAAAUUUGCAGAAUUUAUUCUUGGAGCAAGCCAUUUGUCACCUGAAGAAAUUAGUCUGCAUGAAGAACAAUAUGGCCUUGGGGGUGCCUUCUUGGAAGAGCAGCUCUUUAACCUGAAGACUGCCUGACAGUCUGCCUGCGAGUUGACUUCAUUCUGGACAAGGAAGUGGGUAAAGGGCAGGGAUUCUAUUAAAGUUGAGUGGAAAGUGGCAAAAGCAUUGGUAUGGAGAAAAAUGCGUCAUACUGGAAAGGAAAACUAACCUGUAUUGAAGAUAACGUUAUUCUUGGUGAGUUUUGCUUCUUAUUGUAUUGUAGGUGGGCACCAAGAUUCUGUGACAGAAUUAUUACCACUUUCCUUGAAUGUGUACUUUCAUAAGGAACAAGGGACUCAUGUUGUUCUUCACGGGGCCAGUGAGCAUGAACAAGUGCCUUGUCAACACCAGGGUCACUAAAUCCUCCCUUAUUCCCCCGAGCCUGUGUCAGAAGACUCUACAUUACUUUUCCAACAUUGCUGCAUUACCGUUCAUCAAUGUCAGUGCUAGAAGAGAUCUGAUAUAUGCUGGACCAUUUUUUUUCAAAGUAUAGUCCACAGGAUAUUAAGUGUCAGUCAGUAAAGGGAUUCUGAGGUCAACUAAGAUUGAUACAGCGUUAAACAAAUAUAUUGCAGGACUUCUCAGAGCCUUUAAUAACGUUAAUGCACAUUGUGAAUUUCCUAAUGGGGAGAAAUUGUGUGCAGCAGUUUCUGACUUAAUUUGACCGUAGAACCCUUUUUCAUGAGAUUAAUAUUCCUUGGAACAUAUGUUUGGAGAGUACUAAUGAUGGUGGAAUUGAAGUUUGGGGAGGUUAAAUAGCUUGUCCAAGAGUACAAAGCUGUUUAGAGGCAGCACUGGUAGAACUCCAGCCUCGUGUGUCCUAUGACUCGGGUAGAAGAGAUCUACAGACACAAUGCCAUCUCCCUACAGCCUUGGGUCUCACAGUGUUGGUGACUUUUUAAAAAGUAAUGGCCAAGUAACUAUUUAAUAAUUGUGUUAAAGGAAACAUUUUUUAAGAUUACAUUUUAAAGUUUUGAUAUGAUUUUUUAUAUACAUAUGUAAGGAUUAGAAAUUAGAAUUACUUUCUAUACUUUUUGUAUGUUGAAAUUGAAGGCAUUUAACCUCAUGACAUUUUGAGUUGACUGAUCCAUUUAAAAAAUUGUUUAGCUAUAUAUGUUUGUAACAGUUUUGUACAAAAUAGGUUUGUGAUCUUUUUUACAGAAAGCAAAUCUUUUUUUCUUGAUUCAUGAUGUUAAACUCUGGAGCAAAAUAAGGGACUGUGAGCUUUGACCCUGAAGAAAGGAGGCCAAAACAUAGAUUUGAGAAAAGAUUUGAACACGGCAAAACCACCUAAGCGUUAAGAUGUUGCUAAAUUGAUUCUCCUUGAGAAUCAAACUCAGGCAUUUUUGCUAUAAUGGGAUCAUAAAGAAUGAGGAAUCCCCUUUUACAAGAAGGGUUAUGGGGGAGGGACAUACAGGGAAUUUGGGCACUGCUGCUCUCCUGAGCCAAGUUUAGUAGGGUUUUUCUAAAUUAUUAAAUAAGAGCAUGGCUAUGCAUUUGGAACUUUCUAGAUUGAUUUUUAAAUACUGUUUCCUCUUUGGAGCAGUAUGUCAGUGUUUACAAGUCUGUUUUUGCCAGACAACUUUUAAUAUUAGGAGCUUUGCUUUUUUUUUUUUGUAAAAUUUACCAAAUUUAAUCUUAGUCUACAUAGACUUUGAUAUAAAAAAAUCAAAGAAUGUAUCUUCCAUUGAGGUUUAAGAUGAUGACUAUUUUACAGGCGUAAACAGAAGUUCUAAAUCACUUCUGUUAUUGUUUAAUCUGUUUUUUUAUAAUUAUAUUUAUUGGUGAUAUGUUAUUAUAAAUGUAUCAGAUGUAUCAACGAUUGUGCUCACCAAGUUCACCUCUGAAGAGGUAGUGUGUAUAGUAUAAAAAAUGUGUGUGAAUAACAUGGGAACGGUCUGCUGGAGUUGCCAGGGGACAUCGCAGCCAGGAAGGGGGCCUUGCCUGAAGCCAGGGGGAAGAGGUGUUGUCCAUGGAAGGAGGCCACUCCUGGUGGUUCAACACACUCAGUGUAACUAUCACAAUCACAAUAAAAACAGCUGAAGGAAGAGAAAAAGAACAACAGUAUUCCAGGAUAUUGUUUUUUGUGUUUAUUUUUAGAUUUGUCAGUUUCUGUUAUGUGACUACACUGUGAGAAGCUAAACAAUUAAAAUCAUUACUUGUGAUA